AUGGCUAAUAGAGGAAAGUCGUUUCACGUCGCUGGCAAUCAGGAGAAGGAAGAGAACCUGUGCCUUGUAGUCCUUGGAGCCUCUGGAGUAGGCAAGACAACCAUUAUCUCUCAAUUCCUGGACCACAAUUCUAUUACAGAGUAUAAAGGAACGUUCGAGGAGAUCCACAGGUGCAAAUACGACUCAUCAGGAUUGGACUUGACAGUAGAAAUCGUGGAAAUAAUCAAUGGGGAUGCAGUUCCAACUGUAAGGAAGCAGGCUAUUGCAAAAGGGGAUGCCUUUGUUCUCGUUUAUUCCGUGGAUGAUGCCGACUCUUUUGAGCAAAUUUACACCUUGCGAGAUCUCAUUCUGGAAGAAAAGAAGGAAAUAAAUGUUCCAAUUUAUGUGGUUGCCAAUAAAAUAGACAUUGCAGAAGAAAGGAAGACACCCAUCUGGCAGGUCGCUGAUGCUAUUGUGACAAUAGAUUGGGAGCACAAGUACUCUGAAGUGUCAGCUGAACACCCAUCGCAGAUUGCUGAACUAUUUGGAAAUGUUAUUGCUUAUGCUGUCUCAGUUUAUAAGGAAAGGUUUGUAAUGCAACCGAGACGAAUGACAACGCCUGCGUAUCUCUUCUCACUGAUGAGGAAGAAGCUCUCUGCCAGGAGACAAAAAUCAGCUUUUUGA